AUGGAUAGGAUUAGAUGGGCUCUUGAUAAAUUGGCUGUGGCUCAUGAGCCAGGGCUCACCAAUGCCCAGUUGAUGUUAACGAAUGAUGAUCUGCGUCCAGUGGAACCUGAACGUCGCCAAUGGACAUGGUUGAACUAUGUCGCAUUUUGGAUUGCUGACUCGCUGAAUAUUAACACAUGGAUGAUUUCGUCCUCAAUGAUCAUUGCGGGACUUUCGUGGUGGCAGGCAUGGAUUUGUGUCUGGAUUGGAUAUUUUAUUGCCGCCAUGUUCGUCUGCUUGACCGGUCGCAUUGGCGCCGUCUAUCAUACAUCUUUCCCAGUCACUGUUCGAGCAUCCUUUGGAAUUUGGGGCUCAUUUUGGCCGGUGAUUAACCGAGUUGUCAUGGCUAUUAUUUGGUAUGGUGUGCAAGGUUACAUUGGAGGCGAGUGUGUGACCGUGAUGAUCUCCGCCAUCUGGCCCAGCUACAAAAAUCUACCUAACACAAUGCCAUCCGGGGCUGGUGUAACAACCAAGGACUUUGUCAGCUUCUUCCUCUUUUGGCUUGGUUCCCUUCCGGCUUUGUGGUUCCCCGUACACAAGGUGCGCCAUCUGUUCACCGUCAAGGCAAUCUAUUCGCCGAUUGCUGCUAUCGCUUUCUUUGCAUGGGCCAUCUCAAGGGCUCACGGCAUCGGACCUAUUAUCAAGCAGCCCAACACAGUCCAUGGAAGUACGCUGGCAUGGCAGGUGGUCACAGGAAUCAUGACUUGCAUUGGUAACUUUGCAGCCCUGAUUAUGAACGAUCCGGAUUUCUCGAGAUUCGCCCGUACGCCAAAAGAUGCUCUCUGGUCUCAGCUUUUCACAAUUCCGAUCGGAUUUGGAAUCACAUCGUUUAUCGGUAUUAUCGUUUCUUCUUCAGCAUCCGUUAUUUAUGGCACCGAGGUUUGGAGCCCUCUCACUCUGCUAGACAUGUUCCUGGAUGGAGCGAGCUCGGGACAGCGCUUCGGAAUUUUCAUCAUUGCCCUCGGUUUCACCCUGGCUCAAUUGGGGACCAAUAUCUCCGCCAACUCUGUCUCUGCCGGAACCGACUUGACAGCAUUGAUGCCCCGGUAUUUGAACAUUCGACGCGGAAGUUAUAUCUGCGCAGCUAUUAGUCUGGCAAUGUGCCCGUGGAAACUUGUCACCGGCUCUAGCGAGUUCACCACCUACCUUUCAGCUUACUCUCUCUUCCUGUCCGCUAUCGCCGGACCUAUGAUUUGCGAUUAUUACGUUGUCCGACGUGGUUACCUAGACAUUAAAGGUCUUUACAGUGCCCGCACGACAGACCCAUACUACUACACCUAUGGCUUUUCUUGGCGUGCCUAUACCGCAUACUUCUGCGGUAUCCUCAUCAAUAUCGUUGGUUUUGUUGGCCAAGUCGGCCCCAAAGUUCCCAUUGGUGCGCAAUACAUCUACAACAUCAACUAUUUCUCUGGCUUCAUUGUUUCUGGUGGCGCCUAUUGGAUCCUUUGUUAUUUCUUCCCUAUUCCUGCAACCAGUGAUAAGUGGAAUGAAGUCGACAUCGAUUAUGAAGAUGUCUCCUUUGCAUACGGACAGGAGGUUAUUGAUGGAGAAAACACAACUGGUUAUGAAGAGCGGCGAUCUAUCUCGGAUUCGCUACCCUCUGAUGACCAGAAAGGGCUAAGUUCUGCCUCGAGAAAGCUCUGA